CAAAAAAGGAAAGAACAGCCAUACAGAAAGAAAAGGGAUUUGAGAUUUUUAGCCGAUCUCCUCUCCCCGAUUUUCUUGGCUCUUUUUUUUCUCCUUCAUUUUUCCUCCGGGUUUCCUUCUUUGGUUCCCGAUUCUCUUUCAAUUUUGAGAUCUACUUCAACCCCAGCAUUCAUCAACAUCAUCACCGAACGGCAACAGAAGCCUGGCUGGAAGGGAGGAAUUGGAAAAAAUCAGGGGAAGAAGAACAGAGGAUAACGAGAGAGAAGUUUGGGUUCCUUCUGGGAGGAUUUUUCUGAACGGGAUUUUCGAGGCUUGCUGGAGGUGGAAAAACAGAGAAGAAGAGGAGGCUUGGCCAGCAUGCUCUGAUUACUCUUGCCUUUAGGUAAUCCCUUGAACUGAAAGAAAAUAGGGAAGCAGUGAGGGUGAUGAUCGGAGCCUGAUCUUGUGGAUGGGAUUCCUUCCUUCGGAUCCAGAUCUGUUUUCCUCCAAAAACUCUUGACUUUCGUUUCCUCGGUUUGGUUCUGAUAUUUGAUUUAUUUACUGAUUUAGUGUUGAAUAAAAUUAUGUUGCAAGAAACUCUCCUGAGAGAUCUGUACAUGUAUGGACUUAUUGUAGGACAGGAGCAGAGGGGAUGAACUCGAACUCCGAUGAGCUCGAGUACGGCGAUCUCAUCGUUGAGUUCAUCGCUCAAGCCGUUGACUGGGUCACUAAGAAUAGAUGCGGUUAUCCAAGGCUAUGGACCCCGAAAUACAAUGAGGAGCGUGACCUCUGACUACUACCACUACACUAUUCCCCCCCCCCCCCCCCGAAGUCAUUCACUUGUGAAUGAUGCGAAUGUAUUGCGGAGUCGGGCGGAGGCAAGGAUGUCACAGCGUGGGGUCGCGAGAUGGAGAGCAGAGGUUGAAGUCGCGUUACAUGACCAAGGUCGAGAGGCGGGGGUCGACGUGAAGAUGCCAUUACUCUUGGUGGAAACUUUGGUGUUGAAGAUGUUUUCUGAAGGGAUUUUGAGUGUUGGAAGGGAAGGACAAAUGGGGGACUUGAGUUCGAGCUCGGGUGUGGGCAGUGAUAGUAGCAAUAGUAGGUCUGUUAGUGGGGAGAGGAGGGUUGAGGAGUAUAGCACUAUCCCGACAAACAUUUUGGAGGUCGAUGACCGUCGGGGUAGGUGUUAUGAUGAAAGGGAAGGGGUGGUAGGGGAGGUGAUGGGAUAUAAGUCGUGUUGGAGAAGUAGGGGGGAGUUAGGACAUUUGGUGGAGAACUACGGCAUCCCACCUUAUGUGCUGACUAGGUUUCCCAUCCCGGAGCUGUUGGUGGCACUGUUGAAGGAGUAUGGGAUUGGGUUGACGCAGCUCGUCCCCAAUGGAGUUCGGUUGGUGGGGGGAAGUGGGAAGGAGAAGGGGUGGUUUUACUUCACACCUCGGGUGGCAGGCGAUAAGAGUAGGAACCUGUUUACAGCGGGUCCUUCUUCGAUUAAGGGGUGGAAGGAGAAAUUCUUCUUCGCAGAUGACACGGAGUGGGGGAGAAGAGAUAGGGAGGUAGAGGAGCUCAGCAAAUGGAGAGGGAAGAAAUUGAAUCCAAAUAAGUACGAGCUGGGGGAGGUGGAAAAGAACGAAGUUAAAAGGUUGGAAAGGGGUGGAGGGGACUUGGUAGAUAUAAUGUAUCUGACCAGCUCGGAAGUGGUGGAAUCAUUUGGGAUCUAUGGGAGGAGCUCGCUAAGCGAAGAGGAGAUGAACCGAUUAAGAGCUGGAGGAAGACCCGUAAGGCUGCUAGAGAAGAGAUCAAAGGUGCUAGCCACAGGUGCUAUGGAGGAGAGAGUGGAGGGGGGCACAUCGAGGUCCCAUCAAAGUGCAGGAGCUCGGGCUGAAGUGGGGUCCAACUCGGAGCCGAGGAGGGUGGCUGAAGGGGAGGCUGCAGCUCGGAAGAGACAGAGGGUGGAGGAAGUGCAGCCACUUCAGAUUGAGGCGUCGAUUGAGUUUGUGCCUCGGCCUCCCGCUGUGGAGGUGGGUCCGGCACUUCGAGAGGUAGAAGAGGUGGUGCUUGGAAGGGGAAGAGCUCUGUCCCUUAUCCUAGGCAAGUCUCUAGCUUCUACGAGUCUGGGAGGACUUCUGCGAAGCGUUUCAUUAACUCCCACUUUCCCAAAGUGGAUCUGCAGAGGGCCAGGGACGAGGUGGCCCUGAAUGGAGGAGUUGGGGUGUCAUAACUCAAAUUUUAGUAGGAUUUUAUUUUAGUUUUAUUUUAUUUUAUUUUAACUAAUAUGUUUUUAUCUUUGUUUUUCCUUGUUAGGUUUAUAAAAAGAAUGGGGGAGC